AUGUAUCUAUUCUCUUUAAACCUUCUUAAGGUGCGCUUCUUGGAGGCUCAGAAUCGCAAACUGGCCAACGAGCUGAACACUUUGAGGGAUAGAUGGGGCAAAGAGACAGAGCGUAUCAAGGCAAUGUACGAGGUGGAGAUGGAGCAGUUGAGACGUCUUUUAAACGCGGCUGAAAAGGCCAAGGCAGAACUAGAGUUACGUAUCAACAGUAUGGAGGACCAACUGCUCGAUGCGCAGCACUUGUAA